AUGGCCACAACCAGCCUGGUAAACCCACCAUCGAUAUCUCUCCCACUGCAGGACCGGGUAGCCAUAGUCACAGGCUCAUCCAGAGGCAUCGGUAAAGCCAUAGCCAUCCACUUGGCCUCAUUAGGUGCAAAACUUGUCAUCAAUUACACUUCUAGUAAGGACCAAGCUGAUCUUGUAGCUGAUGAGAUCAAUUCUUGCCGUGUACUUGAAAAAACCCCACAAGCUAUAGUGGUCCAAGCUGAUAUUUCUGAGCCUACCCAGGUUAAGUUAUUGUUUGAUGAGGCUGAAAGAGUGUUUGGAUUGCAGAUUCAUGUCUUGGUCAAUUCAGCUGCCAUUACUGAUACGAAGUACCCUACAAUUGCCAACACUUCCGUUGAGGAUUUUGAUCGCAUUUUCAGUGUCAAUUGUAGAGGCACAUUCUUAUGCUGCAAAGAGGCAGCAAAGAGAAUAAUACGAGGUGGUGGGGGUAGAAUCAUAUUGUUAUCAAGCUCAUCGGUAGGUGCGUUGAGGCCAAAUACAGCAACAUACACGGCAUCGAAAGCGGCGGUGGAGACGAUGACAAAAAUACUAGCAAAGGAGCUCAAAGGGACUGGUAUUACUGCAAAUUGUGUGGCACCAGGGCCAAUUGCAACUGAAAUGUUUUUCAGUGGGAGGAGUGAGGAGGACGUGAACAGAGUGAUUGAGCGGUGUCCUCAUGGGAGGCUCGGUGAAACCAAGGAUGUUGUUCCUCUUGUUGGCUUCUUGGCUAGUGAUGCUGCUGAAUGGAUUAAUGGACAAGUCAUCCGUGUUAAUGGUGGCUAUGUUUAA